GCGGGGCGGAGCCGGGCGGGGCGCGGCUACGCAGCUGGAUGGCCGGGGCCGCCCGGAGCGCCGCCGCAGCUGCCGCACGUACGUGGCAUGCCUGGAUGUCCCUGCCCUGGCUGUGGCAUGGCGGGCCAAAGGCUCUUCUUUCUCACUGUUCUUGCCCUGGAGCUCAUGGGAAGGGCUGGGGCUUCCCAGUCAGGCCUCCAGAGCCGGGGGGCUGCAGCGGCCUGUCGCCUGGACAACAAGGAAAGCGAGUCCUGGGGGGCCCUGCUGAGCGGGGAAAGGCUGGACACCUGGAUCUGCUCCCUCCUGGGUUCACUCAUGGUGGGGCUCAGUGGGGUCUUCCCGCUGCUCCUCAUUCCCCUGGAGAUGGGGACCAUGCUGCGCUCAGAAGCUGGGGCCUGGCGCCUGAAGCAGCUGCUCAGCUUUGCCUUGGGGGGACUUUUAGGCAAUGUGUUUCUGCACCUGCUGCCCGAGGCAUGGGCCUACACCUGUAGCACCAGCCCUGGUGGUAAGGGGCAGAGCCUACAGCAGCAACAGCAACUGGGGUUGUGGGUCAUUGCUGGUUUCCUGACCUUCCUGGCCUUGGAGAAGAUGUUCCUGGACAGCAAGGAGGAGGAGGGGACCAGCCAGGCCCCCAGCAAAAACCCCACUGCUGCUGCUGCCGCGCUCAAUGGAGGCCGUUGUCUGGCCCAGCCGGCUGCAGAGCCCGGCCCGAGUGCCGUGGUCCGGAGCAUCAAAGUCAGUGGCUACCUCAACCUGCUGGCCAACACCAUCGACAACUUCACUCACGGGCUGGCUGUGGCCGCCAGCUUCCUUGUGAGCAAGAAGAUCGGGCUCCUGACUACCAUGGCCAUCCUCCUGCAUGAGAUUCCCCAUGAGGUGGGCGACUUUGCCAUCCUGCUGCGGGCCGGCUUUGACCGAUGGAGCGCAGCCAAGCUGCAGCUCUCGACAGCUCUGGGGGGCCUGCUGGGUGCCUGCUUCGCCAUCUGCACACAGUCUCCCAAGGGAGUAGAGGAGACAGUGGCCUGGAUCCUGCCCUUCACCUCUGGCGGCUUCCUCUAUAUUGCCCUGGUGAAUGUGCUGCCAGACCUCUUGGAGGAAGAUGAUCCAUGGCACUCCUUGCAGCAGGUGCUCCUGCUCUGCAUGGGCAUCGUGGUGAUGGUGCUGUUCUCACUCUUUGUGGAGUAAUCAUCCCCGAAGCCCCCACCCCCACACAGCAAUAAGAGACUUGAUUCACUCUGUAACUGUGUAUGUGAGAGGCAGAGAGGAUGAGUGCCUGUGAGAGCAAGCGAGCCUCCAACCAGACCCAAGGGAGGGGGCAUGUGUGUGGCGUGCACAUGUGGCCGGAGGUGUGUAUGCGUGAGACCAACACUGUGAUCCCUGUGUGCCUGCCCCUGCUACGCUGUGGUCUUCUCUCCUUGCCACCCUGCCAUCUCGCACCUCCCAGAGUGAGCAGUGAGGAACAGCAGCAUUGGUCCCAAGCAGAGGCCCACCUCGCUAGGACCCUGCCUCACUGGUAUCCCAAAGGAGGGAGAGUGGCCCGAGGAACCCAGGACUGGAGGGAACCCCACAGCUGUCCUGCCUCCCACUGGAGCCCCCUGGGCCUCUGCUGAGGGAGUAAACCCCCUCUUUGCUUAUGCACCAGGCCCCGGGCAGCCUAGGGGCCAAGGCUGGGGCAGCUUCUCACUGCUGUGUCCAUUUUCCCAGCCCUUCUUUUGCCACUUUUACAGCCAAAGAAAGGAGAGGCAGGUACUCGUAUAGCUACCAGUCCCCUCAGCACUGACAGUCCCUCCCUUCCAGCACUGAGCUGGGAGAUGCUUUCCAAGAGCUCUUCCUCAGGGCCACUGCCCUUGGCCAACUCCUCCCCCAGCGAAUGCUCCCUGGCAGCACCAGCAGCUCUUGCCACCUCCAGCUGCCAAACGGCAGCCUGCAGGGCAGAGAGCAGCCCCAGGCCAGAGGCCUCCCGGUCCAGCUCAGGGAUGCUCCUGCCAGCACAGGGUCCAGGCAGAGACUUGGGCAGGAGAAUGAGCCACAGCUGCCUGUCCCCGCUCGGGCCCCUUUUCCUUUCCCAUUAGGGUUAGGGAUAAGGUGGGGGUGGUGAGGGCUCCACAUUGUCAGUGCUCAGGAAUGUGCUCUGGGAGAAUGCAGAAGCCAUAAUCCCCAGCUAUUUCCCUUGGCUGACACCCAAGUACUCAGCUGGACCUCUCCACAGCUGGGCUCCAGCCCUGCCGCUUGACUGUUGAUGUUUUGAGAACUAGCCAUGGAGAGGGCCUGAAUGAUCUUACAGCAACUUUGCCGUGGUUCUGUUUGUAUCUGUAAAUACCUGUUCUAUAGAUAAGGUACAAAUAAAUAUUAUCCACAAACUGGCUGCCUGUUCUGCACACGAGAUCCCAUGGCCAAGCAGGGCUUUUCCUCGGUGCUCCUGGCCAGGUCCUUGUGUCAGAACUGUGCAUCU